CUUUGAAACAGCCGCCGUUGGGGCUGUUUUUGUAGAGACUCUGUGCCACGUUCUCUACCAUUGAGUCGCACGAAAGUCCCCCGAUUUUCCUUUAAAUUGGUGCAAAAAUCUCGCUCUCUUAUUGCUAUUGGAUCGCCAUGGCUCUUCCGAACGAGAUUUCGGGCUCUGCAGACGAAUCCAUGGAUUCUCAGUCUCACAACAAGCGCCCAAUUUCGUCUAUUCUCAUCGUAAUUGCUAUGCAGACCGAAGCGCUUCCUCUAGUGGAUAAGUUUCAACUAACGGAAGAUCUCAACUCUGUGUUUCCUAAGGAGGUUCCGUGGGUUCGUUAUCAUGGGACUUACAAGGAUCUUCAAAUUAAUUUAAUUUGGCCUGGAAAGGAUUUGGCCUUGGGAGUUGAUAGUGUGGGAACAAUAUCGGCAUCUCUCGUAACCUAUGCUUCUAUCCAAGCAUUGAAGCCAGACCUCAUCAUUAAUGCAGGCACUGCUGGUGGUUUUAAGGCGAAAGGAGCUAGCAUCGGUGACGUGUUUCUGGUAUCCGAGUGCGCUUUCCAUGACAGACGUAUUCCUAUUCCAGUUUUUGAUUUAUAUGGAGUCGGAUUGAAGCAAGCACUGUCUACACCCAAUCUCCUUAAGGAACUCAAUCUAAAGGUCGGUAAAUUAUCGACUGGAGACUCACUAGACAUGUCCGCUCAGGAUGAAGCAUCGAUUACAGCUAAUGAUGCCACGGUCAAAGAUAUGGAGGGAGCAGCAGUUGCCUAUGUGGCAGAUCUAUUCAAAGUUCCUGCAAUAUUUGUAAAAGCUGUAACCGAUGUCGUCGAUGGUGAUAAACCAACUGCAGAGGAAUUCUUGCAGAAUUUGGCUACGGUUUCUGCGGCGCUGGACCGAGCAGUUACGCAAGUUAUAAAUUUCAUCAGUGGAAAGUGCAUUGCUGAACUUUGAUGCUUCCUACCCACAUUUUUUUCCAUACAAUACAAGAUAUUGAUUGGACAAUAUGUGAUGUACAAGAGUCAAAUAACACACUGAGGAUGUAUACAUUUGGAAAUCAGAUCAUGUACUCUCUAUUUUGUUGUAUGGUAAAUGUCUUUCGGCCAGCCCGAGCAAGCGAACCGAAAUAGCAUUUGAUAUUUGCCUCUAUAUAGAGCUCUUUUCCACUGGAUAUUUUGCAA